AUGGCAGAGUUUCUAGAAGACGGCGUGGUAGGCGCAAUCGAAGUAGGCCUAGGACCCAAUGGAGAACUUUGUUACCCUUCGUUUCCAUCAGAUCAAAGGUGGACAUUUCCCGGCAUUGGAGAAUUUCAGUGCUACGACAAAUACUUGAAGAAAGAUUACGAGAAUGCGGAAAAGAAGGCAGGACACUCGAUGUUGGAUCUUUCAAAAGAAAAGUUUGGAGAUUACAACAGCAAGCCACAUGAAACUACAUUUUUCAAGGAAAAUGGGACAUACGACACGGAGAAGGGGAAGUUCUUCUUGGAAUGGUACUCCAACAAACUUAUCUUGCAUGGUGAUCAAAUCCUAAGAGAAGCCAACAAGAUCUUCACCGGCCUCAAAAUUGACUUGGUUGCCAAGGUAUUGAGCAAAGCGUGGAAAGAAGGCAUAGAAGUGAUUGGUGCAAACACAUCGGAAAUUAUUAAUGCGGAAGGUUACAACCAGGUUCUUCUUAAUGCAAGACCAAACGGUUCUAACCCGAAGGGAAAGCCAAAACUCAAAGUGCACAGUUUCAUGUACCUGCGAUUGUCCGAAACAAUUUUUAGUAGAAACUACGACAUGUUCAAGAAGUUUGUGAGGAACAUGCAUGCAGAUCAAGAUUACUGUGGGGAUGCAGAGAAGUAUGCCCAUGAGGUCGAGUCGAAUUCAGCGAUCACCAUUGAGGAAAUAUUGGCUGCUACCAAGUCAAGUGGAUCAUUCAAGUGGGACGACGAUACCGAAGCUAAGGUUGAUGGUUGA